UUUAAUUUGCAUUAACUUUUUUCCAAACAUGGAAAAAAAAUACCCGAAGGAUUGCGCGUUGAUACCAUCUGAAGUCGAGUAUCCAGAAGAGCCGCCUGAUUGUGUUUUUUGUUGGAAGGUCCGUCAAAUAAUACCACAACAGAAAGUGCGCCUUCUUAAUCCUCAGUACUGCUGGCUUUAUCCAAAAUACGAACGCCGGCUAUUAAAAAAAAUUGAGCCAAAUUUCGAUCACUGCAAAACUUUGUAUACGAAAUGCGAUUAUCGUUUGGAACAAUGCGCUUAUUAUAUAAUAAUUCAAUUAGAGGAUCAAUUUCGGGCGCACGACGAGUUGGUUAAAAAGGAAAUGAAGCUGCAAGACGAACUGUUGGAUGAUAUGUGGUUGCAAUCUCAGAGGUUUAUGUUAUUAACUGGUCAAGGCGUUUGCGUUAAACCUUAUCCGGAAAUCAUUUCGAAGAAUACUGAGAAGAGAGCUCUCUGCAAGUUCCAUCGUGAACUACGACUUGUUCAUGAAUCCAAUUGUUUGAUAGGAUCCUCAAUGGCAGAAAUACGAGUUUCGUUCACUGAAUUAACGCGACGAUGUGCUCAACUAGAUAUGACUGUAGAAAGCCCGCUCAUAAAAGGAGCUUGGUAUAUGCAAUCUUUAAAAUAUGUAAGAAAUUUAUUGGACGAUUUAUUUCAAUACUUCUAUCAACAUAUAUGCAAAUUAAAAUGUUGGGCUCAACUUUUGGACCCCGGUGACCCCGAGGCUAUUGAAGAUUACAUGGCCUUGAUUAAGACGUUCGAGAAUAAUGGAAAUAAUUUAAUGCAGUACUUUGAUAAGUGCCUGUGUAUGCGCACAAAGCGCAAGGAGUGCCUUAAGCCUCACGAACCGUGUUAAAGGGAUAUAAAUCGCUUAUCAGAAUCGCGUAUAACAUAUAUUUCGAAUUUCAAUGAAGCAUAAAUUCGACUUCGUAGCUAUGUGGCAAUUUUCUAAAAACCCACAUAAAUUUGAAAACUUUAUAAAAAUUAUUUUGUGGGAGAGAGAGAGAGAGAGAGAGAGAGAAAAAGUUGGAGAAAUUAAAUCGUGCAGUUACAUUUUUGGAAAUAUUUUUGAAGAUCACUUCCAUUUCCCUUGUAUCAACAUAAUUCGUGGAACUUUCGUUUUGAUCCUAGAGAAUAUAUUUACAAUUUAAUAAUAAUUGUUGCGGGUGGCAUUAUUUUUUCCAUAGCACCACGAGCCUAUCUAAAUUCUUAUUUAAGAUAUCGUCGGAACUUUAUGCACCUGCUGAAGUAUGCUUUUAUACCAAAAUGAAAAGUUUUUGUCAAUUGUGGCUAUACUGCACUACCAAAGGCCAUCAUCUGCCCGAUGGAUUUAAUCAAAUUUUAUGCAUAUAUUUUAGAAUAUUUUGUUUUACGUCUUUUUUGCCUUAUUUUUCAUCGUUUUACUGCCUUUGAAGUAACACCUGUUGCUGCACAAAGUGAAAAGCAAGACUGGAAGCAUCAUCUCAGAGCCCUGACAUAAAUCCAAGAGAAAAUCUGUCGGAUUAUCGCAACAAAAAGGUUCAGGAGCGCACGGUUCCCAGCAAAACAGGAAUGCGGAAAAAUACCAGCUGACUUGCAACUAUUUAAUCGAAUCCAUACCAAGCAGACUCAAAACAAUGAGCUGCAUAAAAAGUAUCUAUUUUCCAUUAAUUGACGCUUUUUUAAAUUUAAUUAAAACAACAAUAAAUCAAAUUUUGCUUCCCGUUUUUUAUAGUUAUGUAAAUGUACAAUGAAAACUAACUACAUAAAUUUUUGUAUUAAUUCCCUUUCGAUAGAUUUGCCAAUACCGCGUCCCAGUUU